AUGAAUCAACCAAACCGUUCAGCCCAUCAGAAUAGAUUGAACAUAGAUAACUGUGAACAGUGUAAUGGAAACUCGGCGUCUCGACAUUGGCCGGUAUGUCACAUUUUGAAUGUUUUUUUUUCUUAAACUGUAUAAAUAUGUAGUAAUUUAAUUCAUGAAAACGUAUAGUAUUUAUUCAUUAUUAUUAACGUUUGAUAUUGUAGAUACUGAUUAAUGUUAGGAUUUCCAUAGUUUGAUAAUAUUUGUCAAAGGACGUUUUCGGACAGAAUAUUGCAUCAUAUAUAGGUAUGCAUUAAAAAACCAUUUUUAAUUUAUGUGAUUAGUUUGUUUUUGUCUGCAAUUAUUCUUAGUGCUCAUUACUGAUAACGAUUUUAUUAUUUAUUACACUUGAGGAACGGAUUUAUUCUUAUUUAUUAUUUAAUUAUUUUUAUUUUUAUUAAUUACAGUAUUUAACAACAAUAAUUAAAAUAGACACUAAUAUCAUGAAAGUUAAUAAAAACUGAAAAUUCUCCACUCACUUCAAAAUGGGUAAAUGAUUUAAUAUUAUAAUUAUAACAAUAAUAAUAUUAUUGUGUACCUACCUAAAAUAUCGCCAAUAUCAUUUUCAACUCACCUACCUACAAAAAAUAUUCCAACACUACCACAUCAUGUCUGUAAACCAUAUAAUAGGAAUAGCCAACCAGUUUCAAUGGGGGUCGUUGUAAAUAAUGUUUCAAUCAUUUUUAAAGUAGGUAUAUAUGUAACACUGGCAAAUUAAGAAAACUUUCUUAAAAGCCUUACAUUUUAUUUGUUUGUUUGUACAGUAUUCUUUUAGUAUGUGACCUCUCGAACUAAUAAUUAAUUAAAAAUCAUAAAGUUAGGUUAUUUUAUUAUUAUAGAUUAUGAAUUACAUUCAAAACCUGUCAUCAAAAUAUCAAUAAAAAAAAAAAUUUAUUAAUAAUGUCAUAAAAUUAUUUUAUUAUAAAUUAUGUUUUUGGCAAUACAAUUUUUGUACUGUACAUCACUUAUAAAUUUAAAAAAAAUUUUAUUUUGCUUGUAAAUAAAAAAGGUACCAUGUAUCAAUUAAAUGAUGUCGCAACAUUUCAGCUAAUGUUCCGUACAUUUUUCAUAGGAUUUUAGUUUUUAAUAUUCCCCAUAAAAAUUCAAUUAGUUGCAUGUGAGCUCCAGUAGUUGGAUAAAUACUAAUUUUUGAAUGCUUUACUAUUCUAUGUUCAUAGCUUCUAUUUUGUAAACAAGAAUAUGUUCUCCAUUUGUCUGAUAUUAUAAUAGGACCCGAUAAUAUAUAUGUAUAUUUUUUUUUUUUGAUAAUUGGAAUAAAAGUUUCUCUCUUGUGUUUUUUCUAGAAAAAAAAACCUUUAUUCCAAAUUAUCUCCAAUUAUGCUACAAUACCAAAGGUCCUUCUAUUCUGCAACCAUAAUUUCAGUUUGAUGUAGGGAAAUUAACUAUAUUUAUUUGAUUUUCUUGAUCACUGUCAGAAUUAGAGUCUGUCGAGUUAUCUUGUACUUGUUCAUGACACAGAUCACUUAGCAGCCAUCUUCCUCGGUUAUACUUUCUUCCCUCUCUCAAUAAUAAUUCAUCAAUUUAUACCACUAUACACAAAAUAUUACUAUAUUUUGUCCUCCCAUCUUUUGACCUUUUUCAAAUAAUAAACAUAACAUAUCUACAAAAAUUAAACCAGUCAACAGUGCAUUUGAACGACCUGUUAAAAUUGGAAACAGUUACAAUAUUGUGACCAAUAAUAAAUAAGUUCUGGUAUUUGAUCCAAACUGAGAUUUGAAUUGCCUCCUGUAUUAAAAUCAGUAUAUGUAAAAAAAAUCUAUUUUUGAUAACAGUUAAUCUUUUUUUUCUUAUGUACAUCUUUUUUCACUGUGGCAUUUAUGGCAUAAAUCAAUUUUGUUAUUUUGUGGUAAUAGUUUAUUCCUUUGUAAAAAUUCUAACACAGUUUUUUCAGAAGAAAUUAUCGCAUACAACUCGACUACUAACAUUUUAAAGUUUUACACACACACAAUUUAGUAUGAAUGACCAUACAGGUACUAACAAUAUUGUCCAUAAUAAACAAUGUAUCAUGUAUUAUAAAAUAUCUAUUGGUAAAAACCAAUGAAUAUAAUAUCAAUAUAAUAUAAUUAUAAAGAUAAGCAAGCAUAGGUUAUACCUAUACCUAUAUCCAUACCUAUAAUAAUAGUAUAGAAAAUUGAUUUGGUAGGUCAUGUGCAAAACUCAAUUCUCAAUCUGUAAAUUACAUACUAACCAAAUACCAAUUGUACCAUUGGUAAUACUAAGCAUUUAGCAUGUAAAAUUAUAAUAAUUUAUAUUAUAUUUUUGAUUAUUCAUCCUUGAAUUCCUAAUUCUUAUUAUGUGUUCUUGACAUCAAUUGUCUAUUGUAUCUCUUUUAUCAACAGGAAAAAACGAAAAUAAUGAAAUUGUUAGAAACAGAAGAAAGUGUGGAUGUCGAUUAUGAAGAAAUGAGAAGAUUUAUGAGUAAGAUAGAAAAUCUCAAUAAAUUAGAAGUACUAGAUAAAGUAAAGCAAAGGGAAAUUGUGAUGGCUGCAAAACAACAACUUGUUAAACUUGAUAAACUAAUAUUGUUAAUUUAAUUUAGCUGCUCAUUUUUCUUAAAUAUAUGAUAAUGAUUUUAUUUUAACUUUUUGUUCUUAUUUUCCAGUUAACGAUGGGGCAAAAUAUAACCUUCAUGUAUUGUUUGGACAAAAUAAUCCAAGAACUACCUAAAAAGAGGACUUGCAGCAUUUCCAAUUAUGAAUGUUUAUUAGCAAUAAAGCAGUAUUAUGAAGAUAAAUUAAUGUAA